CCCGCUUUCUUAUCAAUAUCUGUCCUUUACAACUCUUGUUAGGCUAUUUAUAACACCAACAAAAAAUAUUGCCCAUAUCAUACAUAUCUUCCCAUUAAUCAUAAGAAUUGCAGUCUGAAACGUGAAACCGAUACGCUGCCAGCGCAACACUCGCCUCAUACAUCGCAAAGUGCUCAUAAACUCCCAAAUUCCUGCAACUUCUAGAAUCCUACCGGAAAAUCCAUUUUCUUGAUCGGGCUUUUCAUUUUAUUUGAUUAAAAGUUUCAUCUUUUAAGAAAUUCUGAGUUAGAAAUCAAAAGGAGAGAUGAGUUUCAGGGAUGAAGCAGAAGAUGGGAGGGGAGAUCUGAGGAAGCCAUUUUUACACACGGGGAGUUGGUACAGAAUGGGGUCGAGGCAGUCCAGCUUGAUGGGCUCCUCACAAGUUAUUAGGGAUAGUUCCAUCUCAGUCUUGGCCUGUGUCAUGAUUGUGGCUUUGGGUCCUGUCCAGUUUGGCUUCACCUGCGGUUACUCUUCACCAACUCAGUCUGCUCUCACAAAUGAUCUCCAGCUCACAGUCUCACAGUUCUCCAUAUUUGGUUCUUUGUCAAAUGUGGGAGCUAUGGUUGGUGCAAUAGCCAGUGGCCAGAUUGCCGAGUACAUUGGUCGAAAAGGGUCUCUAAUGAUCGCUGCCAUACCUAACAUCAUCGGUUGGCUUGCAAUAUCAUUUGCCAGAGAUUUUUCGUUUCUUUACAUGGGAAGACUAUUGGAAGGAUUUGGUGUGGGCAUAAUAUCUUACACUGUGCCUGUAUACAUAGCUGAGAUAGCUCCUCAAAAUCUCAGAGGUGCUCUGGGCUCGGUGAACCAGCUCUCUGUAACCAUUGGGAUAAUGCUAUCAUAUCUGCUGGGACUGUUUGUUGGCUGGAGAAUUCUCGCAAUUCUAGGAACACUACCUUGUCUAAUACUGAUACCUGGCCUCUUUUUCAUCCCUGAAUCUCCUAGGUGGUUGGCUAAAAUGGGGAUGAUGGAUGAUUUUGAAGCCUCUCUACAAGUGCUGCGUGGAUUUGACACUGACAUUUCCCUUGAAGUAAAUGAAAUCAAGAGGUCUGUAGCUUCAACAAGCAGAAGAACAGCAAUCCGGUUUGCUGAUCUCAAAAUGAGAAGAUAUUGGUUGCCCCUUAUGGUGUGUGUCACAUCAGGCAAUGCCGCCACAUUUGGCGUCGGUGCUAUUCAGGUGAUUGCUACAGCAGUUUCGACAUGGAUGGUAGACAAAACUGGGCGCAGGAUUCUACUUCUUGUCUCUUCAGUAGGCAUGGGUGUCAGUCUUCUAGUAGUUUCAGUCUCAUUUUUUGUAAAGGACUUUGUGAGCAAGGAUUCUUCAUUUUACAGCAUAUUGGGAAUUCUAUCAGUAGUCGGAGUUGUGUGCAUGAUUAUCUCAUUUUCUCUUGGAAUGGGGCCCAUUCCUUGGCUUAUAAUGUCUGAGAUUCUUCCUCCUAAGAUCAAAGGGCUAGCAGGAAGUGUGGCAACUUUGGCAAACUGGUCCGCCUCUUGGGUUAUUACUAUGACUGCACCUUUACUACUUGCUUGGAGCAGUGGAGGGACAUUCGCGCUUUACACGAUCGUGUGUGUUUUCACGGUGGCCUUUGUGGCGAUUUGGGUACCCGAAACAAAAGGAAAGACAUUGGAGGAAAUCCAGCAAUCUUUCAGAUGAGAGUUCUUUUACUUUUUUUUUUUUUUUUUU